CAAGUUUGCGAGACUCUAUUAAUACUAUGGCUCUUCACUCCUACCUCUUAAGGCACUUCCCCGGAUAGAAGGAAUCAUUCAUCAACUUUUCAUUUUCCCUUUUGGUUUCGUCUUCAAGUCCAACUCCAACAUAGUAACACUUGUUACCAUGCAAACAGCUCGAAGGAAACAAAUGGAAACGUCGGAAGUACUUCACAUGAACAAAGGCACGGGCGAAACUAGCUAUGCCGUGAACUCUUCCGUUCAGAAUACGAUAAUCUCUUGCGCAGAGCCAGCAACAAAGAAAGCUAUUGUGCAAAUUCUUUGCUCAAGUAAUUGGCCUGAGAAGAUGGGCAUUGCAGACUUGGGUUGUUCCUCUGGACCCAAUGUCUUAAGGGUCAUCUCGGAGAUAUUAGAUACUGUGUAUUCCACUACAUGCCUCUUGGAUCGUCCAGCACCUGAAUUGGUGGUGUAUUUGAACGACCUUUUCACCAAUGACUUCAACAACAUCUUUGGCUCAUUGCCAUCUUUCUACAGAAAACAGAAGCAGGAAAAGGGAAGUGGGUUUGGACCAUGUUUUGUUUCAGCUGUCCCUGGUACUUUCUAUGGUAGGCUUUUCCCAAGCAAGAGCCUCCACUUUGUGCACUCUUCUUCUAGCCUCCAUUGGCUUUCUCAGGUUCCUGGUGGAUUAGAAGAUGGUAGUGGGAGAGCAUUGAACAAGCAAAAGAUAUACUUAUCAAAGAGCAGUCCUAAGUGCGUUCUAGAUGCUUAUUCUCGACAAUUCAAAAACGAUUUUUCAGUGUUUCUUGCUUCACGUUCCCAAGAAAUAGUAGCUGGGGGACGCAUGGUCUUGUCUCUAAUGGGCAGAGAAACAAUGGACCCAACCACUGACCAUAGUUGCUAUCAGUGGGAACUCUUAGCACGCUCCCUCAUGACCAUGGUUUCCGAGGGUCUUUUAGAAGAGGAAAAGGUGGAUUCUUUUGACGCUCCAUACUAUGCACCAUGCUUGGAGGAAAUGAAAAUGGAGAUUCAAAAGGAAGGGUCAUUCAUUGUGGAUGAGCAUGAAGCUUAUGAAAUCGAUUGGGAUGCUGGAAUGAAAUUGCAAAGUGAUUCCCCCACAGUUACGCCAUUAACGAGUGGAGAACGAGUUGCAAGGACCAUAAGGGCUGUGGUUGAGUCCAUGUUGGAACCUCAUUUCGGGUGUCACAUAAUGGAUGAGCUGUUUCGAAGGUACGCAGAAGUUGUAGAGGACCAUUUAUCCAAGACUAGGACCACAUACAUUAAUUUGGUCAUUUCUCUCGUCAAGCAAGGUUGAAAUACACACAAUACGACCAAGAAGGCAAAUAUUAAUUUAUUGUUCUGUUCCACUUGUACUAUUGAUUUCUAGCCCUAUUGAUUUCUAGCAUGUGUUUCGUCUACAUAUAUCCUAGUAUCAUUAUAGGAGUCCAUGUCACCCUAGCCUAUGUAUCGUCUACAUCUAUCAUAGUUAGCAAUUACAAUGAGUUAGAUUUGAGUAACAUUCCAUAAUAUUCAUUCUCGUAACUGUAUUUAAAAAUAAAGUAUUAAAGUAUUCGCAA